AUGUUCAUUGCCUACAUAUUGUAUCAAUUUAGAAUAGGCGGGGUAUCAGUUGUUCUUCAUUCGAUUCAUCAAGAACAAAUCGUCUUUUUCCAAAAUGGUCUAUCUCCAACCGCAUCAUUUCUCUCAAGAGUAGAGGCAGAUAUCAUAUUGUCCAAGAAAGAUUUAUCUAUAGUGUACAUUGUCGACUCUAUCAAAAACAUAAUUCAAACAUUUGCGCCAACUAUCUUUGUAUCAUCACCAAACCCAGAUAUAUAUAAAAAUGAAACAAAGCAAGAUACAAAGACAUUGUGGAUGCCCAUUUGGAAGUUAAAAGAACUUGUGAUGUGCCGAAAUAUCUCAUUUCAAGACAUUAAAGAUGACAAGUUACAAACCCUUUACGACCUGUGGGGCGGAAUUCCAAGACAAUGUUUGGCCAAUUGUGACGAAGAUAAUACGAAUAUCCUCGAAUAA